AUGGAACAACAAUCAUUAAUGGUGGCCAAAUUACCUCCGACUAUUCGAUUUCUGUUAGAUAAGGCCUUCCGUAGACAAGUAUUGGACAAGUGGAGUGAUUGUAGUACUUUUACACAAUUUAUACAAAUGUACAGAGUGGAGGCAGUGAGUGGAAUUUUAGGAUUAAUAGGAAGUUGGGUUCUUGUAAAUUGGAGAUGGUUGUCUCAUCCUGUUAGAGUGUCGUGGACUGCUGAUCAAGAGUCGAGUAAAAUUGUAUAUAUUUUGACAUCAAAUAGUAAGAAUUUUACAAAGGAAUUGGCUAUUGAAGCACUCAAAGAAUUGAGAUAUAUUCCCGAUGAUUUUCCAAUUGCCACAACUAAUGUUCAAGUGUUGAGUGACAAGGAAAUGCAAGUCACAAUCGGAAAACAAUCAAAGGAACAAUUGAAAGCUUUUGUGGAGGAGAGGGAUUUAAUGUUUUCAUCAAGUAUUAAAUCAACAUUGUUUGGUACCUUGUUUAGUAUUGGAAUUGUUAAUUGGAUGAGAGCAAUGACGAAAUAG